AUGGCCCGAGGAAAUCGUACCACUGUGACAGAAUUUGUCCUCAUGGGAUUUACAGAUCGUCCAGAGCUACAGGGUCCCCUCUUUGUAGUGUUUCUAGCAAUUUACCUCAUCACUCUCAUUGGAAACCUUGGAAUGAUUCUCCUAAUCAAGCUUGAUUCACGACUUCAUGUUCCCAUGUAUUAUUUUCUUAGCCACCUUGCCUUCAUUGAUCUCUGUUACUCAUCUUCAAUUGGGCCCAAGAUGCUACAAAACUUAAUUGUGAGAAAGAAAACCAUUUCCUUCUCAGGAUGCUUUGCUCAGCUGUACUUCUCAAGUGCUUUUGCCACAACAGAAUGUUUCCUCUUGGCCACAAUGGCCUAUGAUCGUUAUAUGGCUAUUUGCAACCCUCUGAUUUACACAGCCAUCAUGACCAAAAGGGUCUGCAGUGAGCUGGUGAUUGGUGUAUAUACCUAUGGUUUCCUGAACUCAAUAAUACAGACCAUCCUGACUUUCCAGUUAUCCUUUUGUGAUUCCAACAUUAUCCAUCACUUCUACUGUGCUGACCCACCACUCCUGGCACUGUCUUGUUCAGACACUCACUCUAAGGAGAAACAGCUCUUGAUCUUCUCUGCUUUGAAUCUCACUAGUUCCCUUCUGACUAUUCUUGUUUCCUAUAUUUGCAUCCUGGUUUCCAUCCUGAAGAUUCAUUCCUCCGAGGGUAAGUGCAAAGCCUUCUCCACCUGUGCCUCCCAUCUGACAGUGGUCAUCAUCUUCUAUGGGACUCUCUUCUUCAUGUACCUCCGGCAGCCAAAAGCAGGAAAUUCCUGGAAAUACAACAAAGUGGUUUCUGUGUUUUAUAGCCUUGUCAUUCCCAUGCUAAACCCAAUGAUCUACAGUUUCAGGAACACAGAAGUGAAGGAUACUCUGAAAAAAAUCCUAGAGGGAAAAAGGUCAUAA